AUGAAUCAAUUGAAUCCUAACAUUUCUACCAUUUCUCAAAAUUCACGGAUGCGUCCCAAGAAAAGCGCAUUGGAAUUAUCCCGUAAUGCAAAUAAAAAUGGUCGAUCACAUUUGAAGAAUAUAUCAGGUCGGAAAGAUGCUGCCAUGAUUUGUAUGCCUGAGAAAAAUAAUGAAGUAACAAAACUUAGCAAGACUAUCAACUUAUGA